AUACAAAAUCUUACACAGUAAUUUGCAUAACAACCUUAGCCGAGUUUUUAAGCGCCAAACUUAAAAAAAUUCAUUGACAGAGUACAAGAUCCAUUUCCCGCAAUUGAAAACUAGGGUUCAUAGUUGGUUUGAUCAGCAUCUCCUCAUUUCAUCCAUUCCCACUCUGUAUCCCAAGUCAAUCGACAAAUCUACGGAGUUGCACAUCUCCCUCCCACACAUUCGUAACCCCCAGGUCUACUUGAAUUCACAGGUAUGGCCACCCAGUCAGAUCCUCACGCCUCAGAAUUUUCAGCAGCCGAGUUGGAGUUUCUCGCUGAAGACGAAAUGAUAGAAAUUGUACCAAAUAUGAGAAUGGAGACUCUCAAUUUGAUCUGUGGAGAUUUUGGCCCUUUCCAUCCGCAAAUAGCAACUCAAGUACCUUUGUGGCUUGCAGUGGCUUUGAAGAAGAGAGGGAAAUGCACGAUUCGACCUCCAGAGUGGAUGUCAGUUGAAAAGUUGACGCAGGUUUUGGAAGCAGAGAGGGACUCUCAAAAGACUUUUCAACCACUACCAUUUCAUUAUGUAGAAAUCUCAAGGCUUCUGUUUGACCAUGCUCGUGACGACAUUCCUGACAUUUAUAUGGUGAGGUCCCUCAUUGAGGACAUCAAGGAUGUCAGGUUUCACAAAAUUGGGACCGGCUUGGAGGUAAUCUCCCAGCGAACAGCUGCACUGAAGCUUGAACAUCUAACAGCAAUGGAAGUAAAUAUAGUGCGACCAUUUGUUGUGAGGGCUCUACAGACAUUUUAUAAGCUCGAUAGUCCAGAGAUGAUACAAGAAUCAGACUUAAGGGCUAAUAGGCGGUUCCCAACAGCCAAUCACGGACCUAAACGGCAAUUGAAAAGGUAGAUGAACGAUGCUCUUAUACAAUAAAAGAGAAUCAUCUUUCGUUCUGACUCAACAUUUAUGGGACAGUUUGUUAUUCAGCACUAGUAAUUGAGGUACUACUAAUCUUUAGAUCCAUUUCCAACAGAAUUCUUAAUGUGGAACUUUUAAAUUACCAUAGCUUCCAAGCCGAAUCCUCACAAGUAGUUUACGUAGUUUGGAAGGUUAUUGUAUGAACAUGGAUGGCGUGGAAUUUGUUUCAUGUAUCAAAUAAUCUUGAUAAAUGCUUAAGUUUUAGUAAAGCUAGAUGGCCCUUUGUACCUUAA